GCCGUUGUGAGCUGGGCGUGGAAGCACCACUGGAUUUACUGGGUUGGACCUCUCAUCGGCGGCGGGCUCGCCGGAAUCGUCUACGAGCUGUUUUUUAUUAACCGUAGCCACGAGCAGCUUCCAACCACCGAUUACUGAGUUGUUUGGGAUCUGAAUGUCCUUCGUUCUGUGGUUGAAUUUCUCUCUUAUCUGUCCUUUUUUUUGUUUUUUUGUUUUUUUUUAAGUUGUAUUUUCUCUGGACUAUGGUCGGAUGUGUCGCUGGUAUCAAGUUGCAUUUAAGGAGUCAUUUUGUGUUGGAUGGUCUGUAUGAUGUUGAGUUAAAUAAGUAUGUGGAGGAGGAGGAGGAUGGUAGGGUUUCUGUUUUUGAAAAUAAUUUGAAGCUUAAUUCA